GACCCAUAAGGUCACAUGGCCCGCGGGACAAGAUGGCUGCGCCCGCGUUGGGGUCGCUGGGUGGGCGCCGCGCCGCGCUCGCGCUGCUAGUCUUGCUGCCGCAGCUCGUGCCGCGGGGCGGGGCGGCGGCGGCGGGCGAAGAGGCCGGCGCGGGCGCGGGCUCCUGCGGCUGCGGCGCCCCCCAGCGGCCCGGGGCCCCCAGCAGCUCGGCGGCGGCGGCGCACCGGUACUCGCGGGAGGCGAACGCCCCGGGCCCGAGCCCCGGGCAGCGGCCGCAAGUGCCCGCCAAGAUGGUCCCCAUUCCUGCCGGCGUGUUCACCAUGGGCACCGACGACCCCCAGAUCCGGCAGGACGGGGAAGCGCCCGCGCGGAGAGUCACCCUGGACGCCUUUCACAUGGACGCCUACGAGGUCAGCAACGCGGACUUCGAGAAGUUCGUGAACGCCACCGGCUACCUGACCGAGGCUGAGAAGUUCGGUGACUCCUUUGUCUUCGAGGGCAUGCUGAGCGAGCGGGUGAAGACCGGCGUCCGGCAGGCAGUGGCGGCCGCUCCCUGGUGGUUACCCGUGAAAGGCGCCGACUGGAGACACCCUGAAGGGCCCGACUCGACGGUGGCGCACAGGUCGCCUCCUUCCCCCCGAACGCCUACGGCCUGUACGACAUGGUGGGCAACGUGUGGGAGUGGACCUCCGACUGGUGGGCGGUGCACCACUCCGCCGAGGACGCCCGCAACCCGUCCUACUGCUACAGGUACCGCUGCGCGGCUCGGAGCCAGAACACGCCCGACAGCUCCGCCUCCAACCUGGGGUUCCGCUGCGCCGCCGACCGCCUGCCCACCGCCAGCUAAGCGCCCAGAACGGCCUUCCCGGGCCCCAGGAGAAGUCGUGUCUGACCCGCACUCAGCUUCCUGCAGCGCGACCGGCCACCCGUGCGCAGAUCCCCACCCGAGGUGGGGCCGUGCCCGCCCGCCAAAGGAACCGCCUGCCGGACCAAACUGCUUGCCUGCUUUAGCGCGCUGGCCCUGUACUGCGCUUCCGGAGUCCGGGGCCCUGUUUGACUUUGGGGUGGAGGGAACCGCGGCGAGGCUUUGGAGGCAGCCUGCGUGCGACCCAGGCUCUGGACGCGGGGGCAGACCCCAGGGUCCCACCCACGGUGGCCCCUCCGUCCAGGCAGGGGAUGCACGCAGGGCCUCCGGGGCUGCCACUCGCCAGUUCUGUGAAUGUAUCAGAGUCUGUUUUGAUUUCCCGGUGAGAGUUUACGACAGGCUGCUUUUGAGCUGUUUUUCCUCGUGCGUGAACCUCGGGUAAUGGUAAUCAUGUAAAAUAAGAGUUUUCUUAGGUGUUUCCGGAAAAGGACGGGGUCGGAGAGGCCCUGCCCAGUCUUUAUCGUCACGUGCACUUUGUUUUUCCAAGGAAAUGGGUGUCUUUCUCAUCGUGCGGGGACUCCCGCCGCCGGUGGCUGUGGGUUCCGGUUCAGCCUGUGAACUCGCAGGGACGUCGUCGGUGUCCCCGCUGUGCUUUAUCUUUUUACAUUAAGUGCCUUUGGUUCAGGGGGCAGUUCCCAGCCCCAUCCCCCCCUCUCCCCACGGCCUUCCGUGAGUGUGAGACCGCGGGAGACCUGCCAGGUUCUGGGGGAAGGGGAGGGGGAGGGGGGCCGUGGAUGAACUGUGCCCAGGCGCGGGGGUCUGUGCGGGCCCAACGGCUGGGGGCUCAGAUGCUUUGAAUCCCGCCCCCUGUGGAAUAAACCGGUGUCUGCGGUCACAGCC